AUGCAGUUCAUUAUUUUCUUUCUUCUAUUUGGUACAAUUACCAGUGAUUUAUCAUUCGAAUGGAAUAAAUUCAAACAGGAUUAUAAUAAACAAUAUAAAACAAUUGCUGAAGAAAAUGAACGUCAACAAAUAUUCAUUAACAAUGUGAAUCGAAUGCGUUCUUAUCAACGAACGCAUCCUGAUGCUACAUUUACAAUGACAAUCAACAAUCUAAUGGAUCAACGUACUGAAGAACUUGUAUCAGGACGAAGGCUUCCUCUUAAUUUUCCUUCAUUUUCAUCCAAGAAUUCUAUCGACAUGAAACAAUUGCCCGAAUCACUUGAUUGGCGUACAAAAAAUGUGAUUUCACCAGUUUUUCUAGAUAAAGUCCGAUAUGAUGUCACUGCCGUUGUCAGUACUGAACUGGUGGAAACACUCUAUGCGUUAGAAACUGGCAAUCUUAUCAAAGGCAGCAUAUCACGAGUGGACGAUUGUUGUCCACAGCCAACUGAUGCUUUCGAAUGUAUAAAAAAUAUGAGUGGUAUUUGUCGUAAUAGUGACUAUCCAAUUACUCUUGGCUCAUGUGAACCGAAUAAAUGUAAACCAUUUACUACAUUUGAUAAAAUCAAGAGACUCGAAAAACCAGACGAGAAUGUUAUGUUAGCUUGGAUUCAAGAUUCUACUUUAUGGGCGGAAAUGAACCUUUCUGGAAAAGGUUUUCAAGCAUAUACUACAGGUAUUUACGAUGAACCAUCAUGUUCGCAGAGUCGCAUCGAUGAUGUACAAAUUGUUGGUUAUGGCAUUGAAGCGGGUAAACCCUACUGGAUAUGUAAAAAUAACUGGGGUGAAAAAUGGGGUGAAAAGGGAUAUUUUCGAGUUGUACGUGGAAAAAACAUGUGCCAUAUUUCUGAAAUAGUCAUACAAGUAGCUAAUGAAAAGAAAAGUGAUGGCACACGACAAUAUACUAUUGCUUCAAUUCCAUUCGCUUUUAUUUUAGCACUCAUUUCUCGAUUGUUCAGUUGA